AUGCUCGUCCUAUCCGCGCUCGCCGUCACCCUUGUGUCAGCCGUUGCGGCUGCUCCGUCGCUGGGGUCUGCUCACAAGAUCAAGGAAAGCGUCGAAUCACCGCGCGGAUGGGUCCGGCUCGAACGUGUCCCUGGCCAUAGCGUCAUUCCACUUCGCUUUGCACUUCCGCAACAUAAUUUUGCUGAGCUGGAGAGGCAUCUCUACGAAAUUAGCGACCCAGAUCAUGAGCGCUAUGGCGCGCACUUGUCCAAGGAAGAAGUGGAAGAGCUCAUUGCACCGCAUCCAGACAGCCUUGCGAUCGUGAACGACUGGCUUAUCUCGCAUGGUAUACCUAACGAGGAAUGCUCUCGUUCGCCAGCUCAAGAUUGGGUGGGUGUCAACGUCCCAGUCGCUCUUGCGGAGAAGAUGCUCGAUACCGAAUUUCACUCAUGGAGGCAUGUUGAAAACGGAGACGUGAUCAUACGCACGACGGGUUAUUCUCUACCUGAGGACAUCUACGCCCACAUUGAGCUCGUUCACCCCACGACGUACUUUAGCACCUCACGCGCACAAAAGACGACGUUCCUAUUGAGCGAUGAAAUACCCGCCUCUCCCCCCUCAAACGCUCCAAGGAUCAAGAUACCCGGGUCCGACGUGACUGUGAACCCUAGCUGUAAUAGCACGAUCACAGUGGACUGCAUCAAGGAGUUGUACAAUGCGGUUGGCUUCAAGCCGUCGACUAAGCAUGGCAACGAAGUUGCCGUGACCGGGUAUCUCGGGCAGAAUGCCAAUAUCCGAGACCUGCAAACCUUCUACUCCCAACAAGUUCCACAAGCGUCUAACUCGUCCUUCAAAACCGUCCUGAUCAAUGGGGGAGUGAAUAACCAGACGCUCGACGAAGCUGGCGCAGAAGCCAACCUCGACACUCAAUUCGCCUUCGGCAUCAGCUUCCCAACCUCCGCCACGUUCUUCAGCACAGGCGGGCAGCCACCUUUCAUUCCCGAUUCCGGCACACCCACCGACACCAAUGAACCCUAUACGGCCUGGCUGGAUUUCGUGUUAGCACAGCGCAAAAUCCCGCAGACCAUCAGCACGAGCUAUGCCGACGAUGAGCAAACAGUACCGCGGGCAUUUGCAAACCGUGUCUGCGCUGGCUUCGCACAGCUUGGUGCUCGUGGCACAUCACUGAUGUUCUCCAGCGGCGACGGCGGAGUUGGAGAUGGCGAUUCGGAUCCUGCUACUCAAUCGUGCUUCACCAACGAUGGUAGGAACGCUACGCGCUUCAUUCCCGGCUUCCCGCCGUCUUGCCCAUAUGUCACUGCGGUCGGUGGCACGCAACACGUCCCCGAAGUUGCUGUUUCUCGCUUCUUCUCUGGAGGGGGUUUUAGUGACUUCUUCGCGCGUCCCGCCUAUCAAGACAAAGUUGUGACCGCAUAUCUUGCUAGUCUUCCCAAGGGCACGUACAAAGGUCUAUUCAACCCUAACGGUCGCGCAUUUCCGGACGUCUCUGCUCAAGGCGAUUUCUUCGCCGUAGUCAUUGGAGGCCAGAAUGCUUUGAUCGGCGGUACCUCUGCGAGCGCGCCCACGUUCGCCGGCAUCAUCGCGCUCGUCAAUGAUGCGCGUCUGAGCAAGGGGCUGCCGUCGCUUGGAUUCCUCAACCCUCUCAUAUACAAGGCGCAGAUCUCUGCCACGUUCAAUGACAUCACAGUCGGACACAACAGCGGUUGCGGUACCACCGGGUUCAAUACUUCCGUCGGUUGGGACCCAGUCACCGGCCACGGUACGCCAAACUUCGGUAAGCUGAAGGCCAUCCUUGCUCCAUGA